AUGGCCCCAACUGUUGCCAUGUCAGCUUUAUCCGUUGGCUUGAAAACUGAAGACAAUCCCUCUCGUUCGGGUCUCGUUGGCAGAGGAGAGAUGCAGACCAAUUUGAGCAGGGUGGCGGAGGAGACAGGGAUCAAGCCCAAAGUAGCGAUUCUUCCCUUCAGCGUCGAGGCUCUGAUGGCUGACAGGAAACCGAGCAGAGACUUGACAUCUCCAGAAAGAUCAUCCAUGUCGGGGACGUCCCUGGCGCUAGGCUCAAGGAUGGGCUCGCUUUCGAGACUGGAUAACUCGGACUCCUCCUUGGACAUCGGGUCUCCGUUCUCAGUAGGCGACAUUAUGAACAUGCAAGAGGACGCAUUGGUUAAACCCGAGAGUCCAGAAAGUCAAGACCGAAAUUCGUGGAUACAGAGCCCUCGCUUUUCGCCUACUCCUCCACGUAAGCUUUUUCUUUCUAUUUAUCCUUCCAUAAUGUGUGGGUAAAAUCAACUGCGAUAGCGCAUAGACCUGUACAGGAUGCAAUUAGGUGAAAAGUGUUGCAUGAUUUAUAGCAACGUUGUAUUGAGUGUGGUAGUUUUUAGUUUGUCCUAUAUCAUUGCAGUUUAAGCACGUAUCUGCUUUAACGAAUUAAUAUGUUAAAAUCAUGCUGUUUAUUAUUAAUUCUGUACAUAAAAACAACACAAUUCGUCCAUGUCCGUCACCUUGAAAGCAUGGGUUUUAACGAUGUUUUCUGUCGUGGUUAUUGCAGGAAGGCUAAGUCCCCCCUCCUGUCCACUGAGAAAGCACAAGACCAACAGAAAGCCCCGGACCCCUUUCACCACGUCCCAGCUCCUGGCUUUGGAGAGGAAGUUUCGACAGAAGCAGUACCUCUCCAUCGCCGAGCGCGCAGAGUUCUCCAGCUCGCUCAACCUGACGGAGACGCAGGUGAAAAUAUGGUUUCAGAACAGAAGAGCCAAAGCCAAGAGGCUCCAGGAGGCAGAACUGGAAAAACUGAAAAUGGCAGCCAAGCCAAUGCUGCCUCCAGCGUUCGGGAUUUCAUUUCCGUUCGGUGCGCACGUCCCCUCGUCUUAUGGAGGGUCGCACCACUUUCAGAGGCACUCCCUGCCGGUGUCUCCCAUGGGACUGUAUGCUGCUCAUGUCGGAUACAGCAUGUAUCACCUCGCCUGA